AAUUGGAAUGGUGUACGUGACUUAUUCAAAUGAACAACCCGUCCAGUUUGGUUUGCCAUCACUGUGGUCUUGGAGAGCACCUUUUUAGGUGCGUCAGGUGUCGAAGCGCAGUUUACUGCUCAAAAGAGCAUCAAAGGAAAGAUUGGAACGUUCAUAAACUAGUGUGUUUUACUCCACAGAAUAAGAAAGGCGAGGACAACUGUGUUGCUGUCGAAGAGCCAGCAAUCGAAAAUGAAGUUUGCAGUAUUUCAUUGGCAUCUGAAUCACUGCAAUGUACCACAUCAAAAAAGCAACUACCUGGUGAAAAGGACUCAGGUUUGAACAUCAAAAGCAAAAGUGGUGAUAAACAGUACUCUGGAGAGAACUCCCAUGACAUACCUGAAAAUCCUGAAAAAACUAAUCCAGAAAGCAAACAUAAAGAUUUAAAAGGAACAGUUCUUGAAAUGGGAUCUGUCACUUUGGAACCUGACUGUAGUCGAAGCUCCCAGACAGGUUGGCAAUCACCACAGGAAAACAGUUCUUUCAAUCAACCCACAAGUCCACCAUUUUUACAUCGAUCGUUUAACAGAGAAUUGUCCUGCAAAGAACAAUUACAGAGCAUUUCAAUGGAGUGGAUGUCACAGAUAUGCCAGUAUGUUGUUCGUGAUUUGGAAAAGUAUGGUAUCUGUGUUGUUGAUAACUUUAUGGGGAAAGAACGCGCUGAAGCAAUCCAUCGUUCAGUAGUGUCCAUGUAUCAUUCUGGUGUAUUUGUAGAAGGGGAAACUGUAAGCUCUAGUCUAGAGACGACGAAGAAUGUACGCAGUGAUAAAAUUACCUGGGUUGAUGGAUCAGAAAGUAAUUGUGCAAAUAUCGCCGUUUUGAUCUCCACAAUUGACACCAUCAUUAUGAAUGCUAUUCGAAUGAAAGGCAAUGGUCAAUUGGGGCAGCGUACAAUAGGCGGGAGAACGAAGGCAAUGAUUGCGUGUUAUCCAGGCAGUGGUUCACAUUAUGUAAAGCAUGUUGACAACCCUAACCGCGAUGGACGGUGUAUAACAACAACCUACUACGUAAACAAGGAUUGGGACGCGAAGACAGUUGGCGGUCUGCUGCAUUUUCCUCAAGGUUGGGCAAACCAAGUAGUGGAUAUAGAACCCAUUCUUGACAGAAUGGUAUUCUUCUGGUCAGACCGUCGCAAUCCUCAUGAAGUUCAACCGGCCUUUCGCACUCGCUAUGCCAUAACCGUCUGGUAUUUUGAUGCAAAGGAACGUGAAGAGGCAAGGAUUCGACACAGAGAAGGUGCUGUAAAAGAACCUAAAUCCAACGAGUAACUUUAUGCGCUGAUUUGCCAACUUGAUCGAAAAGAUUAAAUGUUAACAAUUACAACUGAAUAAGGAUUAUUGGGCUGCUUAUUGGAUUCCCCUCAGAUAUUGACGCUCUCAUCGCGUAAACAUCGUAAAGCCAUACAUCUCAUCUUUAGUUCUUUAUUCAUAAAAUAUCUGAAUUUAACAUGCCAAUCGAGAAUUACUUUAAGAAAGAAAAAAGAAUCACGGUGGAAUUUCUCGUUGAAAUUUCCCACUUCCAUGAUGCUAAAAUAUUUCCUUCAUACUGAGGUCAUCCCGUUACUAUUAUAUUCCCCAUACUUGUAUCACUGUGCGUUACUUAAAUAUAUAUGUAAAUACUGUUACAAAAAGAAAA